AAGAAAUCAAAUGGGCUCUUGUUGUGCUUGAAUCAAGCCGGAACAUCAAGAUUCACCUUUUAAAAAAGAGAUUAGUCCAGCCAUGAACAGAUCUCUGGUUGCAGGAAAGGAACCUCAGAUCACUAAAGAUUAUGACUUCCUCAAAGUCAUUGGAACUGGAAGCUUUGGCAAGGUCUAUCUAGCCAAGCUUAAAGAUGAGGGAGCCAGUAAUAACAGUGACAAUCUGUACGCAAUAAAAGUUCUUAAUAAAGCUCAUAUUGUUGAUAAAUAAGCAGAAAGAUCACGUUACUACUGAGAGAAACGUAAUGAGUAAAAUUGAUCACCCAUUUAUCGUCAAAAUGCACAGAGCAUUCCAAAGUGAUACCAAGCUGUACUUCGUGCUAGACUUUCUUAAUGGAGGGGAACUUCAUUUCCAUAUGAAGAAAGAAGGCAGAUUUACAGAGAAUAAAGCCAGGUUCUAUGCAUCAGAAGUUGUCUUGGCGCUGGAACAUCUUCAUAAAUAAAGGGAUUAUUUAUAGAGACCUAAAGCCUGAAAAUAUACUAGUAAAUCAAGAUGGACAUAUAAAAUUAACUGAUUUUGGCUUAUCUAAAACAGGAAUAGUAGGAACCAACCAAGCUUUCACUUUCUGAGGCACUCCUGAAUACCUCGCUCCUGAAGUAGUUAAUGGUAAAGGCCACAGCAAAAGUGUGGACUGGUGGUGUCUCGGAUUGUUACUUUACGAAAUGCUCUCAGGGUCUCAUCCUUUCAAAUCGAAGAGAAAAUAAUAGAAAAGAGAUAUUUAGUCAAAUCACUGAAACCCCAGUUGAGAUGCUUCCUGGGUUCUCUAAAGAGGCAUCUGAUCUGAUAUCUGGACUUCUUAAGAUUGACCCUGAUGAACGUCUUGGAAGUUCUACAACUGGAGCUGAGGAAAUUAAGACCCAUAAAUUUUUCCAAAAAGUUGAUUGGACAAAGGUGUAUAAAAGACAGAUUUCCCCUCCGUAUCAACCUUGACUCGCAGGGUCUGAUGAUUUAAGGAAUAUUGACUCUACAUUUACAAGAAUGAGCGCCAAUGAUAAUGAAGGCGAAAGGUUUGACCAUAAAAGUGCUGACUUUAAGGGAUUCUCUUUCAAAGAUAGUGACUUGCCUAGCCAAACAAGUAAAACUUCAGAUUUUCAAGAAUAA